CACAAAUCCGUCUCACUAUGGCCACAACCACCGAGGAGGAGCGGGCAGAGCAGCUCGCUCAGUCCGCCACCGCCGCCGUAAAGGUAGGAAAAUUGCCAGAUGCGGCCCGAGCGCUUCGCGAAGCAACGUCUAUCGCACCACAAAACCACAAAGUCAAAGCCGCGUGGGUCUACUUAAAAGAAGAGGAGAGCAAGAGCCCUUUACUGGAAAUUUGCACUCAAUGGGUGCAUAGCCGUGACGAGCAUGAUGGAGAGAAGGCGCUGAAGGAGAUUAAAGGCGUGCGGCUGACCAACGAAGUCGCGGAGCAUGCCAUGAGCAUCUUGAACGCGUAUAAGGGCGAAUGCGACACCCUUGACCACGUUACUGGAGAGUUGCUGAAGUAUCAAACAGCCCAGAAUGUACUGGCGACGUUCAUCAAAGAUCAUCCGACUGAGGCCUACUACCAAUUCUUCGAGCGAGGCGACGAUAGCAUGGACGGGCUACUCCAGGUCCUUCUUAACCGCGCUGCUUGGCCGACCGAUGCAACCUGGAUUCAAGGCCAUCGGGACUCUUUUAUGCUCUCGUUAGCGAUGAUGAUGGAGGAAGCUUUGGACCAUCCGGAACGCGCAAUGAAAGCCAUCGCCCGAUUGCUUGCUGCGCAUGCCUCCCAUCUGAAAGGCAUCAUCGACUCGGACAGUUUCGAUGUCAUUCUUGCAGCGCUGGAUAUCAGACUACCUAAUAGCCUGCGUAGUCAGGCAACUCUGGCUACUAUUAAGCUUCUCGAGCUUGCACCGGAUACAGCUCAAACCCUCAUUUCAAAGUUUGUCACGUCUCGCGUCUCAAGACCGACUACGGAUGGUCUCAUUGUCGCUUUCUCUGCUGCCGCAGCAAUCUUUCCGAUCACGACAUCUGUUGCUGCAGCUCUGUUUCUCACGGAAGGCUUUAUCAGCAGCUUAGUCCCUCUCGUGCAGAGCAAGAAGAGCAUGAGAUUAGAGCAGGCUGCUCUAGAAUUGAUUAGCGCAGCGUGUGUCGACAAAACAUGUCGAGAAGCUAUCAAUCGUCACUGUAGAGAGUGGCUAGAGGACGUUGUCGAAGCUGGUAUCGAUCGACGGCGAUCAAAUCUAGCCGCUUUGAUCCUCAUGAAAUUAGGCGAGGAGAAGGCAUCUAGCACAGCUCCCCAAAUCAUUGUCCCAGGAAAGGUCGACCAAGACGAUUUGAUAUCGAGAUUCAAGGGCAUGGUUCUCAGCGCCGAUAACACCAGCAAACAAGACUCAGUUGAAGGUCUCGCGUACGCAUCACUACAACCUAAAGUCCGAGAGAACCUCGCGAACGAUCACGCAUUCCUCCUCCGCCUCAUAGAAACAAUGGCCGAUCCGGAAGCAGCGAAGCCAGUCUUAUUCGGCGGCCUGACCAUCUUCGUCAACCUUACCACCUACCUGCCUUUUCAAUCCGAAGAAGAGAAACGCAUAGCACAGUUGAAAGUCUACGCCAACGCCUCCAAACCCUCCGAUCCCGACCCUUACGAAGGCGAAUCCCACGUCACCACCCGUUGCAACAAAGUCCUCGCCUCAGGCAUCGUCCCCCUCCUCGUCGCCUCCAGCAAGCGCGCCUCACCUAGCGUCCUCUCCCAAAUGCUGCAUAUUCUCCUCUCCCUCUCCCAAGAGCAAAAGCACCGCGGCCUGAUGGCCCAACAAGGUGCUGUCAAGCUAAUCAUCCACAUUUGGGACCACAUCCACGCCGAAGAGCAUCCCCAGGCGUCGUCUUACUCCCCUGCCUCCAACCGCGCCGCCGCCCACGCCCUCGCCCGCAUCCUUAUCUCUGUAAACCCAACUCACGUCUUCUCCGCCGCCUCGGCACUCCCUGCCACCAACGCCAUCCGCCCCCUCAUUCUCCUCCUGAAACCGGACCAGGACGCGAAGUCGGCGAAUCUCCUUCAGACGUUUGAGGCGCUGCUCGCGCUCACAAAUCUCGCGAGCACGGACGAUACAAGCCGUGACACAAUUAUCCGCCUUGCGUGGGACACGAUUAUGGACGACUUGGUGCUCUCUGGGAACACUCUCGUGCAGCGUGCGAGUGUGGAGCUGAUCUGCAACCUCGUCCUCUCACCCCUGGGCAUCGAGAAAUUCGCUGACGGCAGCAAGCGCGCGGGCAAUCGGCUGCAUAUUCUGCUCGCGAUGGCAGAUGUCGAGGACUUGAAGACGCGAUCGGCCGCUGGAGGAGCUUUAGCCAUGCUACUCGGUUUCGACCCAGUCGUCGCGGAGGUGUUGAGCAAGGAGCGAGGUGUGCAGAUUUUGCUGGGGCUGUGUGAGGAUGAAAAUGAGGAUGUGCGACAUAGGGGUGUCGUGUGUGUGCGGAGUUUGGUAGGAGCGGGCGGGGAGGUGGGGAAGAAGGCUGUGGAGGUGGUGGGGGAGAAGAAUGGGGUUGCUAUUCUUAAGGGGGUGUUGACGAAGAGUCGACGGCAGGAGGUUAUCACGACAACGGUGGAGGCGCUGAAGAUUCUCGUAGAAAAGGAGAAGAAGGGGAAGAUUGUUGAGGUGGAGGAUGAGGUAGAUUGAGAAUCUUAUGGGGUGAAGAAGUAGUCUACUGUCAGAGAAAGGUAUAGGCUCAGUCCAUGCACGAGUAUAUUGAUUAUCAAGCUAUGAAGGAAUACAGUCA